AUGAUGACUAGCAGUUCAUGGCAACAUCCAUUUGUUAAUAUAUUCAAACAUUUUGACAUCACUUCAGCUAAAAAAUGUGUUAAAAAUGGAGAUGUUUCUACUUUCAUAGAUCGUGAUCUAAAAUCAAUUGUAUAUCGUAUACGUGGUUUAGUACCUGCAAAUAAUUAUAUACAAUUUCCAUCGGAAUCCGUAAAUCAAAGUUUAUGUUUAACAGGUCGUUUAUUUUAUUUAUUAUUUCGGCCGAUGUUUGACAAAUGUUUUUGUAUACAUAUUGAUAUUUUAACACAUGAAAAACAUCUUAUACGUAUAUCAUUAUCAAAUUUAUAUCGUGAAUUAAAAGUAACACAAACGUCUAUUCAACUUCCUUACAUGACAACUGGUACCGAUAUUCAUUGGUCCGUAUUAUGUUUAGAUUUACAUACAAUUUUAUUAACAUAUAUGACAAACGAACAUUAUCAUAUGAUAAAAUCAUUUCAACUAUGCGGAAAUAUGUUUGUUAAAAAUUGUUUUACAUCGCAAUUUUUAUACGAACCUGGUAUUGAUAGUGACACAGCUAAGCGUACGGGUUUGACACGUGCCGGCAUACGUUCAUUACCACGUGAAUUAUCAUUUCCAAUGGAUAAAAGUCAAUCUUGGCAUGAUCGAUAUGAUUUUAUUAUGUUUCCAAAUACAACAUCGUCAGUAGGAAAAAAUCCAAAUGAACCAUUCGAUAAAGUGGGUAAUGUACGUUUACCAACACCGAAAAAAUUAAAGACAAAUGAAUCAAAUGAAAUUGAUCAUGAUGAAUUAUUACCAUUAACAGCACAAACGACACUUGUUAACGGAAAACUCAGCAGAUCAAUAACAGAUUUAUCACAUAUUACAAAUAGAUCUGUAUCACCAGGAGAUCUUCAGCUGAAUUGGCGUACAUAUAAUAAUCCAGUGGAUUGUUUUCCAUUAUUACCUAUUAUAAAUAAUUCUUCUACUUCAUCUCCUAAUAAUGAUGGUAUUCAUCUAUUUGUUAGUCCCGAACCAUCGAAGCAAUCAUCAUCUGCAAUAGCUGAUAAUUCCGAUUAUGAUCUUACUUUGGCAAUGGAUCAUACUCAACAAUCUCAGAAUCAUAGUGCUCUUCUUCCUGAUCCAAUACUUCGUUUGCAAACUGUGAUUGGACUCACUAGUGGUUUUAAUAAUUUUCUAUGGACACACGAUGGUAACUAUGUGAUCUAUUCAGCAAAUGCUAUUGUUGUUCAAAUGCAUAUUGAAACACAACAACAAUGGUUUUUUAUUGGACAUACAGAUAAAAUAAGUUCGAUUGCUUUCAAUAGUAAUUCAUCAUUAUUAGCAACGAUACAAACAGGACCUAAUGCUAUUCUUCGUUUAUGGAAAUUCGAAAGUCGUCGUUGCAUUUCUGCUAUUCGUGUUCCUAAUACACAUGAUUUACAUGCAUUAGAUUUUAGCACUGGAACUUCGUCAUCGUCAUCGUCUCUAGUUGUUGCUGGUCACGAUGAACAAGCUCAUACAGUUGUUUGCGUUUAUAAUGUAUUAAAUGCGUCCAAAGAUUCAAUUGAAUUAACAUGUCGAGCAACAACACAUGUAUCAAUAACACAUAUACGUUUUAUUCCAUACGAUACAACAAAAUUCAUAUCGAUUGAUUUAGAUAAAAUAUGUUUAUGGCGUAUUCGGAAUGGCAAUGAUUUAAAAUCAAUAAAUAUUCUAACCAAUGAUACUGACCGUUUCGAAUAUACUGAUUUGCAAUUUCUACAUCUAUCUAAUCAUAAACUAAAUGAAGUUAUUGCUUAUAUCGCGACCAAAACAGGUCAAAUAUUAGAAUUAUUGUACGAUGAAAGACGUGUUAUUCGAAUUCAUCAUUUAUCUGAUAAACUUACUAUGAGCAAAGGAUCAACAUUUAGUAUAUCUGCCUUAGCAUGUACAAAUAAUUUUUUUAUCACAGGUUCUACAGAUGGAUAUAUUCGUGUUUGGUCGAUAGACUUCUCUCAAGUAUAUAUUGAAGCUAAAUAUGAUCGAACUAUUUGUGGUUUAGUACCCUCGUAUGAUCAAACUCGAAUAUUUAUUGUAACAGUAUCCGGAUCGAUGAAUAUAUUAAAUCUUGUUACUAAAUUACAUUUGAAUUUAACACGAGCACACACCAAAUUUAUUUCUGAUAUUGAUUAUGAUGAUACAAAAAAACAAUUGAUCAGUGCCGGGCAAGAUGGUACUAUACGGAGCUGGUGUUUUCAAACGGGUAAGCAACUAUCAGAAUUUACGUCCGAACGAGAAAUACCGUUAGCUGUUGUAUAUGCGCCUAAUCGAAAAAUAUGUGCUUGUGGAUUCAAUAAUGGAACAAUUAAAAUAUUUGAUUUGAAUACAUCAAUUAUAUUGCAUCAAGUCAAGCAUCAUAAUGUCAGCGUCACUGGUCUACUGUAUUCUCAUAAUGGAUCAUAUUUGUUAAGUAGUGAUGAACAAGGUGAUCUAUGUUUAUCAGAUGCUACUGAUAGCUAUAAAUUAUACAAAACCAUAGUUGAAGCUGUAAUACGUUCAGAAAAAGGAUCGAUGCCAUUAUCACUAAGUGCCGAUGGUAAAUAUGCCGUUUAUAUUGGACCUACAGAAUUUAUUGUUACAAUCAUUGAAACGAAUAGUCUCAAUGAAACAUUAAGAAUCGAUAUAAGUGAUUGUACAUUAACCUCAUCCGAUGUAGCUUUAUUUGCUCGUUUUACACCAACUCGAUAUCUUUAUGUUGCAACAGUAAAAUUUAAAUUGCUCAAAUUUGAUUCUUACACUGGAAAAUUAUUACAGAUUAUUGAUAAUGUACAUAAGCGUUCGUUCGAUAGUCUAGCAUUAUCUUCGAAUGGGCGAUAUCUCAUCACUGGUGGUGAUGGUAUGCUAAAAUUUUGGGAUGCUGAUAUGAAAUUAGAUAAAAAUUUUCAAAAUUUUAUUUGUCAUUCUGGACCAAUACGAAAAAUAUUCUUCACUGACGAUAAUAUGCAUGUUAUAAGUAUUGGAGAUUCACUUUUAAUUUGGAAUGUUCUUGCUUGGAAUACAUCACGACCAACUAUGCCAAAUAAUGCACAGUGUAUUGUCUCUCCGCAACUAAUGAUGACCAAAAUUCUUGAAAAUACAAUAGUCCGAUCGAGUUCAGAUCAAUCGAAAAAUUCAUCUGAACUAUUUCAAUGUGCUCAACAGAAAAACGAAAACAAUACACGUCCUAUUACACGUUCAUUAUCAAAUCUCGAAAUCGGUAAAACAGUGACUAUGUUUCAAGAAGAAAAAAAAGUUAUUAAUCAAAAAUUACUAACAAAACAAACCGGUAAUGACAAUAUUCUGUCUCCUCCAUCCAUUCGACGCCAUUUUGUUCAACGAACUAAUCAUUCACAAUUAGCAAAAAAACGAUACGUAGCACCAAAGAAUCAAGAGAGUUUAGAACUUCAGGCAAUCAUUGGUUAUAAUGGUAAUGGCCGUGAAAAUCUUGUUUGGCAUGCAAAUACGGGUUUCUAUGCUUAUACAGUUGGUUGCCAUGUUAUUGUUGAAGAUCUAACUACUAAUCAUCAAACUAUUUUAACUGGCAAGGGGCAUACAGAGGAAAUAUCAACGAUAACAUUAUCACAUGAUGCAACGAUGUUAGUCAGUGCACAAUGUUCAAUAUCGAUAAAUAAAGAAGAGCCACAAAUAAAAAUUAUUGUUUGGAAUACGAAAACACUUCGACAGAAGACCAGUUUUAAUGUAUCGGCUCAAUCAAUACAAUCCAUGACUUUCUCCAAAGAUGAUCGUUUUCUCGCUACAGUUGGUAAUUAUCGAAAAUCAAUAGUUACUAUUUGGUACGCAAAUCAUUUUACUCGCUUAGUCAAUUGGCAAGAUGAAAACCCAUCAUUUUAUAUCAACUGUCUUGCUUGGAAUCCUAUACGUAUGAAUGACUUUUGUCUUGGUGGUACAAAUGGUGGAGUUCGUUUUUGUACAAUUAACGAACAAACAGAUGAUACUAACCUACGACUACAAGUUGUCCAAGGACAAAUUCCAAUACUAUUACAUGAACACUCAAAACCAUCAUUCGAUGUAACGGCAUGCGUUUAUUUAACGUCGAUUGUAAAUCUUGUUUUAUGUGCAACAAAUAAUGGUUUUAUAACCUGUUGGAAUAGUCGUUUAUGUUUGUGUGUUCUUCAUUGGAAAGCGGAUUCCAGUGAAAUUUGCUACUUAACAACAACGAAAUAUAAAUUAUUAACGGGAUCAUCCACAGGAUGUUUGAAACUAUGGGAUAUAGAAAGUCUUGAGACAAAUUUAGGCCAAUCAGAUUCGAUCGAUUCAAAUCAUGGUUUAAAAAUGCAAGAUGAAUUUCAAUUAGACGAUGGAAUCAUAAGUGGAUCAUUUGAUAAUACAUUCGACAUGGGUAUUGUUGGUACAUUAUGUGGAUCAAUCUGGUACAUUUGUUGGACAACAGAUCGAUCGAAAACACGUCUUGUUGCAUCGCAUACAAAUCAAAUAACUGGUUUAAUAUCAAUUGAAGAUACUCAUAUAGUUACAAGUAGUACUGAUGGUACAAUACGAAUAUUUCAAUUAGAUGAUCGUAAUGAAAUUCUUCGUUUUAAUACACAUGGAUUCGAAGUCACAUGUUUAACAUCGUGGGAUAAUUCAAUGGUUCGAUCCAUUGUUGCUGGAUAUAGUGAUGGAACAGUAAGAGUUUUCAGUCUUCUACACGAACAAAUGCAACUAAAAUUACAGCCACAUACAUCAUCCAUUACUACAAUUCAUAUUCCUUUGCAUACAAUCGUUUGUCUUUCCGGUGCAUUGAAUGGUUCUGUUACAAUAUCAAAUCUAACUCAAGGUACUAUUUUACGUGUACUUAAUGAACAUCAUGGUUUAGCACCCAUUUGUACAAUUGAUUCGAAAAGAUCCUUAGACAAUAAUUUGUAUACAUGGUUAAUUACUAGUCAUGAUCAACGUGUUAGUCUAUGGAAGUCAAAUCAACAAUUUGAAUUAUGUUCAUUAGUUGAUUGGUUAAUGUUUUCAAAAGCAGAUACAAAAAAUCAUUGGCAAUCAUCAUCUCCACCAUGCUUAGCACGUUUUAUUGAGACUAAUUUAAUUUUGUUUACUGGUUAUGAUAAAAAUCAAUCUAUUGGAAUAUAUGAUAUUGAUACAAAGCAAAUAAUACGAACAAUGUCAAUAAAUCAAUGGUGCUCGUGUUUUGAUUUUUCAACGAUGAGAGACAAAAAUUCUCUCAUAGCUAUUGGUACAAAAGAUCGUCUAAUACAAUUAAGAGAUUAUACUCAGGAAACAUUUCAAGAUUUUAUUGGUAAUAAUGAUAGUGUAUCAAAUAUAAAAUUUAAUAAAUCAAAUGAUUUACUAAUAACAACAUCAUCGAAUGAAAUAUUGGUCUGGAAAAUAAUUUUCAAGUAG